AUGUUGACGGACCCUCAUUGCCUGUGUCUACGUGAUCCUGUGUCGGCCGCACUAUCCAGUAGUCUAGCAAACCCUGUGCCCCUCUUCCUGCUGUCAACUGCCUCGUUUCCGCCCUUUUCUGUUCCCCAACUCGCUCCUACUACCACCCUCUCAUCCGAGGAGUCCUUUUCGCGCUUCUAUCGCUUUCCCUCUCCCCCCCGCAAGUCUCAGCUCUCCACUACCUCUCCAACUCACCGUUUCUCCCUUUGCUUUCCUCCUCCCGUUCCCGUGCUACCCCGCAUUACACCUGAUCCAGCACUGCGCACGUGGCAGCCGCUGUCCCCCACGGCCGUGCGCAGCCCGCACGCGGAGCUCAUUCAGCAGCGCGCAGCGGAGGCGAAGGCGCGGCAGGCGCACAUGGACGAGGCGUGGGGCGCGCUGCUGCUGCGCGACUCCCAAGGCUGUUCCGCGUGUGCGCCAGCCAAGGGUGCUCCAAGCAAGAGCGCAGCAGGCGAGUCUGCUGCGGAUUCCUUGCCCCUGACUGCUGCUGGUGCUACGAAGCCGUCCUGGGGGGCUUCCUGGCAGCUUCUGAUGACAUCGAGUCGAAGCCUCAAUGGAUGGAAUGGGACUUUAACGGCCGCAAGGGAAAGUGGCAGUAACGAAGGUGUUCUUAGAGGGGAUCAGUUAGGGAGCCUGAGCGGCGGUGCAGGUGACAGGUCAUCAUGGAGCGUCAGGCGUGGCGUGGUGACGCCAAAAGGAGGGAGCAUGAGGAGGUUGUGUCGGUCCGUCUCUUUCAACGAUGGCUUGCUGGCAUCCGUUGCUGCUGCGUCUAAUGCUGUUGCUGGUGGUGGUGAUGCUGCUUCUGAAGCUGCUGCCGCCACUGAUGGUGGUGGCAGUGGUGGUGGUGGUGCUACUGGUGGCAGCAUUGUGGAAUCCAAGUCACUUGAGCAUGCAGCACACACCCCACGGGACGACCUUCAUUCUUUGCCAUGCAGUCCAACUCUUACGGCACGUCGUGCCUCUCUGGAUCCGUUGAGUCCUUCUUCACUCCGCACCCAGAAGCUGAAUCCUUGCCCCGACGACCCUGCCUUGCACCGCUCUCCUCUCAUGGAGGACAAGCAAUCGGGAAUGAGGAUGAGCACAGGCACAGAAAGAGCCCCACUGGGAGUGGGGACGAGGACUGGGGCAGACGGAGCAGUAUCGGGAACGGGAACAACGACAGGGGCCAUGGGAACGUUCAACGAGGCACGGAUGCUGGGCGCCAGCAGCUGCGGGAAUUUGGUUGACGACCAAGGUAGCAUCUGUGGUCCCCCCAUCGGGGGCAGCACGCAUCUCUGCAGCUCGCCGGAGUGCUCCAUGCUCUACUCCUGUGCCAUUCCCAGCCCUGAUGCUUCAGCCGCCGCCAACCAAUCAGUGCCUGCCAAAUUGCAUACUGGGACCAGCAUGCGUCGUCUGUACAGGAGAGGCACGCCGCGGAAGAUCUCCUCCUGCUCCGAUCUUCCCCAUUUGCAAGCAGCACCACCAGCAGCGCCUCUCCACACACCAGCGGCCGCCGCUGCUGGUGCUGCAAAUGCCGCAGCAAUUUCAUGUGGUGAAGUUCCAGGAAUGCAAGUCCCUCUCCCCUCCGCUCACGAUCCCUUGCCUGCGGGAGCACUUCCGUGUGCAUCGCUUCCACAUCGCAGCGUAUCGUCCUCAAUGCUCUCCUCUUCGCACCCUAUGGUGCCUGUCUCACCGCCUGCCAAGACGGGGGAGAAAGGAACGAGGCUGUCGCAGAUGCGAAAGAAGGUGUCGUUCAACUCCAUAGUUAGGGCACCUUGGCUCAAGCCUCUUGCUGAGCCGCGCCAUACUCCGCGCAUGCUGCGCGCACGCCUAUGUCAAGAGCAAGUGCAUUUGUUCCCGCAAAUCGGUUCCGCCUUUUCAGCUAGACGAUUGCCUGUUGGCCACGUGGCUGCUCUCCGCGUCACGCCAAAUCCCGCGAGCCCAGGAGUCAGCGUCGCGGGUCACAGACGCUCGUUUUCCGGCAGUGUGAACGCGCCAAGCCUCCAUCGCGCCCCUCUGGGAACUUUCUCCGUUUCUUCUCAUGCAGCAGCGUCGGGAAAUGCCGCCACAGCAUCUGACGUGGCUGCUGAUGUUAUCGGCAUUUGUAAGCCGGAGUUAGCUGCUGAGCUGGCAGCGGCAGUGGAAGUGGUGGAGAGGGCAUGCCACGUGUGCCUUGCUGUGAGGGAGCAGAUGGUAGCGGAGGAGCAGGGGGGGUACAGCAGUGGCAGUGAGAGCGAGGGCAGCAGCAGCAGCAGCAGCAGCGUGGACAAGAAGGACUGCUCGCCCGUCACUGUUGCUGACUUCGCCGUGCAGGCUCUUGCUGCUCUCGGUGGGUGCUUUGCUAUUCCCCCCCUUGCUGCUCUCGAACCAACAACACUCCGUGCGCCAUCAUAUCACCCACUGUCCAUCACAUCCCCCACUGUCCAUCAUAUCCCCCACUGUCCAUCACAUCCCCCACUGUCCAUCACAUCCCCCACUGUCCAUCACAUCCCCCACUGUCCAUCACAUCCCCCACUGUCCAUCAUAUCCCCCACUGUCCAUCACAUCCCCCACUGUCCAUCACAUCCCCCACUGUCCAUCACAUCCCCCACUGUCCAUCACAUCCCCCACUGUCCAUCACAUCCCCCACUGUCCAUCACAUCCCCCACUGUCCAUCACAUCCCCCACUGUCCGUCACAUCCCCCACUGUCCAUCACAUCCCCCACUGUCCAUCACAUCCCCCACUGUCCAUCACAUCCCCCACUGUCCAUCACAUCCCCCACUGUCCGUCACAUCCCCCACUGUCCAUCACAUCCCCCACUGUCCAUCACAUCCCCCACUGUCCGUCACAUCCCCCACUGUCCAUCACAUCCCCCACUGUCCAUCACAUCCCCCACUGUCCAUCACAUCCCCCACUGUCCAUCACAUCCCCCACUGUCCAUCACAUCCCCCACUGUCCAUCACAUCCCCCACUGUCCAUCACAUCCCCCACUGUCCGUCACAUCCCCCACUGUCCAUCACAUCCCCCACUGUCCAUCACAUCCCCCACUGUCCAUCACAUCCCCCACUGUCCAUCACAUCCCCCACUGUCCAUCACAUCCCCCACUGUCCAUCACAUCCCCCACUGUCCAUCACAUCCCCCACUGUCCAUCACAUCCCCCACUGUCCAUCACAUCCCCCACUGUCCAUCACAUCCCCCACUGUCCAUCACAUCCCCCACUGUCCAUCACAUCCCCCACUGUCCAUCACAUCCCCCACUGUCCAUCACAUCCCCCACUGUCCAUCACAUCCCCCACUGUCCAUCACAUCCCCCACUGUCCAUCACAUCCCCCACUGUCCAUCACAUCCCCCACUGUCCAUCACAUCCCCCACUGUCCAUCACAUCCCCCACUGUCCAUCACAUCCCCCACUGUCCAUCACAUCCCCCACUGUCCAUCACAUCCCCCACUGUCCAUCACAUCCCCCACUGUCCAUCACAUCCCCCACUGUCCAUCACAUCCCCCACUGUCCAUCACAUCCCCCACUGUCCAUCACAUCCCCCACUGUCCAGUCACAUCCCCCACUGUCCAUCACAUCCCCCACUGUCCAUCACAUCCCCCACUGUCCAUCACAUCCCCCACUGUCCAUCACAUCCCCCACUGUCCAUCACAUCCCCCACUGUCCAUCACAUCCCCCACUGUCCAUCACAUCCCCCACUGUCCAUCACAUCCCCCACUGUCCAUCACAUCCCCCACUGUCCAUCACAUCCCCCACUGUCCAUCACAUCCCCCACUGUCCAUCACAUCCCCCACUGUCCAUCACAUCCCCCACUGUCCAUCACAUCCCCCACUGUCCAUCACAUCCCCCACUGUCCAUCACAUCCCCCACUGUCCAUCACAUCCCCCACUGUCCAUCACAUCCCCCACUGUCCAUCAUAUCCCCCACUGUCCAUCACAUCCCCCACUGUCCAUCACAUCCCCCACUGUCCAUCACAUCCCCCACUGUCCAUCACAUCCCCCACUGUCCGUCACAUCCCCCACUGUCCAUCACAUCCCCCACUGUCCAUCACAUCCCCCACUGUCCAUCACAUCCCCCACUGUCCGUCACAUCCCCCACUGUCCAUCACAUCCCCCAGUGCCCAUCACAUCCCCCACUGUCCAUCACAUCCCCCACUGUCCAUCAUAUCCCCCACUGUCCAUCACAUCCCCCACUGUCCAUCACAUCCCCCACUGUCCAUCACAUCCCCCACUGUCCAUCAUAUCCCCCACUGUCCAUCACAUCCCCCACUGUCCAUCACAUCCCCCACUGUCCAUCACAUCCCCCACUGUCCAUCACAUCCCCCACUGUCCGUCACAUCCCCCACUGUCCAUCACAUCCCCCACUGUCCAUCACAUCCCCCACUGUCCAUCACAUCCCCCACUGUCCAUCACAUCCCCCACUGUCCAUCACAUCCCCCACUGUCCAUCACAUCCCCCACUGUCCAUCACAUCCCCCACUGUCCGUCACAUCCCCCACUGUCCAUCACAUCCCCCACUGUCCAUCACAUCCCCCACUGUCCAUCACAUCCCCCACUGUCCAUCACAUCCCCCACUGUCCAUCACAUCCCCCACUGUCCAUCACAUCCCCCACUGUCCAUCACAUCCCCCACUGUCCAUCACAUCCCCCACUGUCCAUCACAUCCCCCACUGUCCGUCACAUCCCCCACUGUCCAUCACAUCCCCCAGUGCCCAUCACAUCCCCCACUGCCCACCACAUCCCCCACUGUCCACCACAUCCCCCACUGUCCACCACACCCCUCACUGGCCAUCAUGGUCAGAGCUGGCACAGCAGUUCCCCGGCGUGCCACUGGUGGGCGAGGAGGACGCCUCUCUGCUGCGCGCCCACCUCGCUGCCCCCUCUGCCCGCACGCCUUCGCCACCAGCAGCACAGGCAGUGACUGGUGCUGCUGUGGGGUCAGCCACUGCAGCAGCAGCAGCCGGUGCUGCAGGUACCACAGCAGCGGGGGCAGCAGGAGGCGGGGAGCAAGGGCCUUCGCUGGCGGAGCGGGUCACGAACCUCGUUCUCCGCUUCGCCUCGCCCCACGCCUUGGCGCUGGGUGGCGCAGGGGAAGGCGCUGUGGAGGGGAGUGAAGGGCGGGCGGCAGCAGUGGAGGCAGUGCUGGGAGCCAUUGAUGCCGCCGCUGCUGCCACACACGACCUUGAUGCUGCGACCACUGCUGCUCCCAGGCACACGAGAUACUGGGUGCUGGACCCCAUUGAUGGCACGCGAGGCUUUCUCAGGGGCCACCACAACCAGUACGCUGUCGGGAUGGCUCUUAUCCAGGACGGAGAGCUCGUCCUUUCAGCCCUUGGCCUUCCCAACAUGCCCCUGCCACGUGGCACCUCCUCAGCCACUCAAUCGAACGACGCUGCUGACGUGACAGGGUCUGCAGCAGCUGGUGAGGUUGACGUGGAGAGUGAAUCAGGAGAUGACAUGUGGCAGAGGCCACGUGGACAGCAGCAGGCGGCUGUGUGUGUGCAUAUCGGACCACGAGGAGUGGCCGUCGCUGCCCCUCGCGAGGGGCCUGGAAGCCGCCGCGCCGAACGCCUCGCAUGUCACCGUGCUGCCGCUCUGCUGUGGCAGGUGGGUGCGGAGUAUGGGAAGUGGUUCUGGGCUGUGCAGCAGCGUUGUGCAUGCAGUAACCACGUCUCCUCGUAUGCCUCCCAUCCCUCCCCCUCUCCCAUCGUCAGUUUGUGCAAUCUGUGCAAGUACGCAGCGGUGGCGCUAGGCUAUGCAGCAGUCUUCAUUCAGCACCCGCUGCCAGGCAGCCCGCACCUCAAGGUGUGGGACCACGCUGCUGGCGUGCUCUGCGUCACCGAGGCAGGCGGACAGGUGCGCCUUGCUCGCUCCCCCCUUGCUGCAAGUCACUUGCACCUUGCUCCCGUUUGUAGUCGCCAGCACCCACUGCAGGCUAACACAUGGGCUGUAGCCACUGCCUUCCCAAUGUCACCGCACGCACACACAAGAGUUCAACACGGAUGGUUCACUUGGAGAUCUCAAUUCCUCUCUUCCCCUUCCGGUCCCUCCCGUUGCUGCCUCUCUCCUCACUGCCCAUCCCCUCCCUGCUGCUCCCCUCCUUGCUCCUCCCUUUUCUGCCCCUUCCCUCACUGCAAGUCCUAUCCCCGUCCCGUCCCUCCCUGA